AUGGCCCGUCAACUAUUGCUGUCAGUCUUGAUUUUGCCAUGUGUACUGGCUGUCUCUUUGCCAGUGAAGCUGCACUUGAAGCGAGCUGUUGACUCGAGUCUUGCCAAUAUCCACGUGUCCUAUGACAAACCCAUCACCACAGAGGUCGCGUUCACGUAUGGUCCUUGCAAGGCUAAGACUCCGGGAGAAGCGCACCAUCUUGUUGCCCGGUCCAAUUCCUGUGACCACGAUAGGCUUUUGUGGAAAGUCCCCGAAGACACUCCCACGGGCCAUUGUCUUUCAGCAUGGGACGCAAGACAGAACCUUCUUGGGCGAAGUGCUCCGGUGUCCAUUGCACCUAACGCAAAGACCAAGCGCAGACGCCUCAAAAAGCGCCAGGCCGACUUCUCCAUCCAGAUGGACAACUCGAGCGGUAUUGACGCGGAAGGUCCAUGGUUCGACGGAGUAGUUGCCCUCAAGAACAAGGAGAUCAGUGCGGUCAAUGUCCAAGAAGCGAAAUCCAAAGAAAUCGCCAUCGUCGGUGCUGGCAUGGCUGGCCUCAUGACUUGGCUGGCCCUCAACCAAUCCGGCAUGACAAAUCUUUCUCUUAUUGAAGCAGCUCAGCGGCUGGGCGGACGGGUCCAUACUGCUUACUUCGGCGACCCAAGUGAGAGACAGUAUCAAGAAAUGGGACCAAUGCGUUUCCCACUAUCGUACACGUCAUCUGAGACGAACCAGACGAUACAGAUCCAAGAUCACCGCAUUGUUUUUGAUCUGGCUGCUGAAGUCAACAGACUGAACAAUAACAAUACCAAUUUCACGGUCAAUUUCAUCAAAUGGUACCAAAGUUCGCCAAAUGGACUAUACUACAUUAACGGCGCCCGGAAACCCAACGGUCAAGUUCCGACGGUGUCAGAAGUGCGAGCGAAUGCAUCGUUGCUUGGGACGACUUCUUCUCAGCCAGACGACCCCAAGCUGGAUGCACUUGACGAGCAGCUGAACGUUAUCUACGAAAACGGUAGUUUCAUCGAUCAGAUGGCUCGAAACAUAUACAUGGCGCAUAAGACAUUCCUAGACCAAGGACUUGGUGGAUUGGGUGGCGACGACUUUUCCGAAUUCGCCUAUGCUCACAAUGUCCUGGGUUAUGCGCUGAAUGAGACCUUCGUUGAGCUUGGAGGCUCUGGAAGUGAGAGUUUUUGGGAUAAUCUCUUUGAAUCAAUGUACUUCUCUGCAACUGACUGGAGGACGAUUGAUGGUGGCUUGACCCGUCUUCCCAGUGCCUUCCACCCUCUUGUGGAUGAUGUGACGUUCAUGAAUCGCAAGAUCCAGCGAGUUCAAUACAACGAGAGCACCAAGAAGGUGACAUUGCAAUGGAAGGUUAAACCACUCGACAGUACGUUCCAGAACGCAAGCUAUGACCUAGCGGUCGUGACUGUUCCUAUGCCGCUCGUUCGAACAUGGCGUCUCCCGGCGUUUUCAGAUCUUCUUAAGACGGCCAUCGACAGCUACCCUUACUCCCAAGUAUGUAAGGUGGCACUCCAGUUCAAGACCCGCUUCUGGGAGCAUUUCGAGAACCCCAUCUAUGGCUCCUGCAGCACGACCACCGAUAUCCCCGGUAUCGGAAGCAUCUGCUACCCAAGCUACGAUAUCAACUCGACUGGGAUGGGGGUGAUGCUCGCAAGCUACACAUCCUCUGACGACGGGUUGCGUUGGCCGUCGAUUCCGGAGGACGUUCACGUCCAAUAUGUCGUGGAUGCCAUGGCCGAGAUUCACGGCCCUGUGGUCUACGAGCAGUAUACUGGGGCCUUCAACCGGCGCUGCUGGGUGCUGGAUCAGUACGAGACCAUUAGCUGGGCUAGCCCGGACAUUGGAAUGAGGAAGGCGUUCAUCCCGGCCUUUUUCAAGACGGAGCAGGGUAUCAUUAUGAGCGGCGAAGGGACCAGCUAUACCAGCUCUUGGAUCUCGAGUGCUCUGGAGAGUGGCGUCCGAGCGAGUGUCCAGCUCCUUCUUGAGUUGGGCCUGGUGGACGAAGCAAAAGCCGUAACCGAGAAGUGGAUGGCCAGAUGGAUUGACAUAUAG